CGACCCGUCUUCCCCUCUGACCUUCUCCUGCGCGACACCCUCUAUCUCCUCCAAGGGAUCGACGGGCGCUAUAUCCAUUUCGCGCGCCGACCGCCAAAGGAGCAAAAUCCAUAUGCGACCCAAGCUGCGCGAGCGGCUGAUGGACUGGGCUUCCCCCUACCAAAGGGGGAGAAGGAGACGCCUGAUGAGGACGAUGGGUACAUGUCAGCGCCGACGAGGACAAUCCUAGUCCAACUGUCAGAGAUGGGGGUGAUGUAUCGCAAAGUCACAGAGUUUAUCAAUACUCGACAGGCUGGGACAAGUAGGGGCGGGAUGACGGAACAGAGCUUGUGCCAUUUCCUACACCAUGAAUUGUCGGAAUACCAUCGUCUACUCGCUGUCCUCGAGUCGCAACUGUCUGAGAGUCUUACUUCUCCAGAGGGCCCCGCCUCUGGGCUGACUCUACUCCGACUGGGACUGUGGACGGAGGAAAUGAAGAUCAAGAUGAGAAUCAUGAGCGAGAUUGUCGAUGACGCUAUGAGCGCACAUGGUGGAGCUCUAGUAUCCCGUAUACAUGCUCGAACGCGACAUGGCGACCCCUUCGUCCGGCGGUUCAUGGAUCAGAUUCUCGAAGAGGUCUCUAAACCCUUCUUCCUCAGUCUCCAAAGAUGGAUCUUCUCCGGAGACCUCCACGAUCCCUUUGAAGAGUUCUUUGUCCAGCUCAACCCCGACCCGCUCAUGCGCGAAGGCAGUACCCCAUAUUCCACCGACUUGGGAUUUGGGAGCGGCCUCGACGCGAUCGGAUCUGGAGACGAAGCGGGCAAAGUAUGGGAGAAGAAGUAUGUGUUUGUCAAGGCGAUGGUUCCUGGUUUUGUCAAUGAGGACUUUGGGAAGAAGAUCUUCUCGACGGGACGGAGUCUGAAUUUUAUCCGGUAUACGUGCCACGAUAGCGAGUGGAUCGAGACGCAGGCCAAGCUCGCUAAUGCCGGUCGAGCAUUGAAGUAUAGCGACCUCGCGGGACUUGAACGGUCUAUAGAUGACGCCUACGCAAUAGCCAGCGACCGACUCCUCGAGAUUUUCUUUGACAAGUUCCGGCUUCUAGAGCACCUCCGCGCACUCAAGUCAUACCUCAUGCUUGGCGCUGGAGACUUUACAGAGGUCCUCCUCGAAGCUAUAUCACCGAGACUCGCCAAGCCCGCUAUCAGUCUAUAUCGGCACCACCUGACGUCUGACCUCGAGACUGCCAUCCGCGGUUCCAAUGCGCAGUAUGACGACCCCGAUAUCCUCCGUCGGCUCGAUGCGAGGAUACUGGAGUACGCGCACGGCGAAUUGGGAUGGGACUGUUUUGCCCUCGAGUAUAAGGUCGAGGCGCCGCUCAAUGCCUUGUUGGACAGUCGGGCGAUGGCAGAGUAUGAUCGGCUGUUUCAUCAUUUGUGGAGAGUCAAGAGGGUCGAGGUGGCGCUCUCGAGUGGGUGGAUGAAGGUCGUUAGUAGUUCCAGGAUGUUUGAGAAGAUCCCAGAACUGGGAAACAACUGGCAUUCUGCCCGGAUAGUCCAAGCGGAGAUGGUCCACUUCCUACGCCAACUCCAAGCAUUCUAUCAGCUCGAAGUGAUCGAAUGCUCCUGGGCCGCCUUGAUGGAGUUUACGGCCAAAAGGCAAGGAGACCUCGAUUCGCUUAUCCAGGCCCACAGGACGUAUCUUGAUCGGGUGGUCAAGAAGGUUUUGUUGCUGGGUCAUCGAAGGGACAAGGAUAUAUUGCUGGGUCUGGUGCAGGACGCUUUCGAGUACAUCCUCCAGUUCCGCGCGGCUACCGACGACCUCUACGCCUGGUCCCUAACAGAAGCUACCCGGCUAGACCAUCUCCGCGAUGCCUCCCGCGGUCUCUACUCCACCCCUUUAUCUACCGGGCCCCGCUCCGAACCCAAUAUCGACGCCCUCGACAAUAUCCGGAAUCGCGUCAAGUCGGCCGCGCAUGCGUUCAGCGAUCGGCUCGCGACGAUCUGUCAUCUUGCGGCGAGCCACCCGGAUUUGGAUAUCAGGUUUUUGGCGGUUAGGAUCAAUUUCAAUGGGGUGUUUAAGCGGAGUAGUGGGAAGAGCCGGAGUGUACGGAGUGGGCAUGAGGGGAGAUGA